GCAGCCUCAUCCCGCCGACCGACACCGACACCGACACCGACCUCCCGCUCGUCUCCGGGCCGCGGCAUGGCCCCCGCAGCCCGGCCCGCCUCCUGCCACAGCCCGCGGGUCCGCUUCCAGCCGCAGCCGGUGCCGAAGCUGAUGAAGAGGCAGACGGAGGGGAGCCGAUAGAGCGGCGGAGCGACGCAGAGCGCAGAGCGGCGGGGGGCGGCGGCGGCGGCGCGCGCCGCUCCGGUGCGGCAGAGCAGCCUCUUUGUUUGGAUGCGCGGCGGACUGACGCCGCUCGGGCCGCGGCGCUCCGCCGCCAUGCUGGCCCCGCUGCUGCUGGCCGCGCACCUGCUCGGCCUCAUCCAGAGCUCGUGGGCCUUCCGGGCGUCGCUGAACCAGGACGGGCAGAUCGUGGCGACGCUGGAGCGCGAGGACCUGGAGGAGAACGUGACCUCGUACGCGGCGCAGGUGUCCGGCGAGGCGCGGCCGCUCGUCCUCCGGUUCGCCGACGUGAGCGAGCCGCUGCUGUUCAACGCGUCGCUGCACGGCCGCAGCUACGGCGUCAGCCUGCUGCUGCUCCGGGCCGCCGGGUGGUCCCGGCCCACCAAGACCGCCGCCGUCAUCACCAAGCCGCUUCCCGUCCGGAACCCUCAGAUAUCGGAUUAUAAAGAAGCUCCAGAGACCGGCGUCGUGUUCGAGAUCGACCCGCCGGCCGGGAGCGUCUUCAGCAGAGUCAACAUCAGCUACAGCGAGGGGGCGGAGCCUCGGUACAUGCUCUACAAAGAUUUCUACAAAGGGAAAACGGUGUUCAAGCACUGGUUACCGGGGACGUGUUACCAGAACAUCACCUUCCAGCUCAUCUCAGAGGCCACCGCCUUUCAGACCGCUCUGGUCGCCCGUAGCGACGUCACGCACACACCUUUACACCACCGCACAGUGCCCUACCCUCCCCUCAACGUCACCCAUAAGCUCAUCCACUUGAGUCGGAGGCUCCCGGCGGCGGCGCUGCUCCCUCCUGACGAGCCCCGCCGACCCUCCCGCGCCGCCCGGGACGCCGUCCUGACGGAGGAGCAGCAGGAGGAGCAGGAGCUGACGGAGGAGGAGGUGCAGAGCGCCUCAGAGGAGGAGGCGGGAGUCACCCAGCCCCCCUUUAACUCCACCCACAACAUCACGGAGAACGCCGCCGCCGCCAACCGGAGCCAGGCGGAGGGGCUGGAGGGGGCGGAGCCUCAGAGCUACUGGCCGGAUCCCGGCGAGGUGUCGCCCACCGACGAGGACUUCGUCAACGGCGUCCUGCCGGAGUACGAGGACUCCAACGAGCCGGGGUCGGCCAUGAGCCUCCCCGCCGAGCCGCCGGUCCUCCCCACCAGGCUGCCGCCCGUCCUGCUGGAGCUGCGCUGGCUGCCGCCGCGCCCGCCCACGGCGUACGACGGCUUCACCGUCUACGUCUACAGAGACGGAAAUUCGACGGAAACGGCGACGGUGGACUCGAACACGCACGAGUUUUUCACGGAGCUGGUGGAGCCGGGGACGUACCGCGUCCAGGUGACCACGCUCAGCCUGUCCGGGGACUGCGAGGCCCGAGAGAGCAGCGGCAACACCGGCUUCACCUUCUACCUCAGUCCCAGCGGCGAGCUGCUGGAGGAGCUGCGCGAGCGUCCGCAGGCCGUCAGCAUCCGCCUGCUGGACUCCAGCACCGCCGCCGUCAGCUGGGCCCCGCCCACCCAGAGCCACAACGGCAGCGUGGUGUCGGUCGUCUCCACCACCUGCCUGAAGCCCAGCCUGAGCCAGAGGAUGGAGAGCGCCUACUGCAGCGAGGAGAACUCGACCAGUGACAUCAUCAGUAACCUGACCCCCGGCGCUCAGUACCGGGUUCUGGUCUACCACACCAACGGGCCGCUCAUCAGCCCGCCGUCGGAGCCCGUCAUCAUCGACAUCGAGCCCACCGGGGUGCGCGAGCUGGCGGUGUACCCGCUGAGCCCCACGGCGGUCAUCCUGAGCUGGCAGCGGCCGUACCACGUCUCCUUCAGGAAGUACGUCCUGCAGACCUUCUUCUUCAACCCGGUUACGCUGGCGUCCGAGUGGACCACCUACUACGAGAUCGCCGCCACCGCCUCGGUCAUCGCCUCCGUGAGGGUCACCGACCUGCUGCCCGCCUGGUAUUACAACUUCCGCGUUUCCAUGGUGACGUGGGGCGAGCCGCCACUCAACUGCUGCGACAGCGCCACCGUCAGCUUCGUUACAGCUCCUGAAGCUCCUCACAUCUCCUCGGUGGACUACUCGCAGGGCGUGCUGUACGUGCGCUGGACGUACGGCGAGCUCUUCAUCGACCUGUCCCACUCGCGGAUGCUGCACUGGCAGGUGUCGGCCGUGGGGAGGAGGGGCGCCGAGAGGAGCUUCUCCGUAGACGUGACUCGUAACGUGAUGCGCGCCAGCCUCCCUUUGCCUCCGGGAGACAUCUACAACCUGACGGUGACGGCGUGCACGGAGCGCAGCAGGAACACCUCCACGCCCAACAUCAUCAAGCUGGAGCCUGCGCCUCCCCGCUCGCUGUACGCCGUCAACGCCACGCACUCGUCGGUCACGCUGCUGUGGAGCGAGGAGGGAGUGGUGGACUUCUACCAGGUGGUCUGCAGGGCCUGUAGAGGCAGCAAGGAGCUGAAGGCCCGCGACCCCCUGACCUCCUCCUCUCAUGUGCUCACCGUCUCUGGUCUGAUGCCGUCGUCCAGCUACAACUGCAGCGUGACGAGUUUCAGCUACAGCACCGCCAGCCGGCCGGCCCACAUCACCAUCAGCACCACAGCUAAAGAGAUGAAUCCCAGCGUGGCGGCCAUCUCGGCCCUCGCCGUUCUCAGCAUCCUGCUCAUCAGCCUCCUCGUCCUGUUUCUGCUCGUCCUCCGAAAGAAGCACCUGCAGCUCAGCCGGGAGUGCGGAGCAGAGACCUUCGUGAACUUCGCCUCGUUCGAGCGCGACGGGAAGCUUCCGUAUAACUGGCGAAGAAGCCUCUUUGCCUUCCUUACCCUACUGCCAUCCUGCCUUUGGACUGACUAUCUUUUGGCUUUUUAUAUUAAUCCGUGGAGCAAGACGGCUUUAAAGAAAAGGAAGCUAACAAGUCCGGUGCAGCUCGAUGACUUCGACGCCUACUUUAAAGAGAUGAGCAAAGAUUCGGCCUACAAGUUUUCUCUGCAGUUUGAGGAGCUGAAGAGCGUCGGUCUGGAUCUGUCGCACGACGCCGCAGACCUGCCCGUCAACAGGCCCAAGAACCGAUACACCAACAUCCUGCCCUACGAUUUCAGUCGUGUCAAACUGAUCUCGAUGCACAACGACGAAGGUUCAGACUACAUCAACGCCAACUACAUCCCCGGAUACAAACACUCGAAGGAGUACAUCGCCACGCAGGGGCCGCUGCCCGAAACCCGCAACGACUUCUGGAAGAUGGUCCUGCAGCAGAAAUCUCCCAUCAUCGUCAUGCUGACGCAGUGCAACGAGCGCAGGAGGGUGAAGUGUGAUCACUACUGGCCGUUCACCGACGAGCCGGUGAUGUACGGCGAGAUCAGCGUGGAGAUGCUGACCGAGACCGAGUCCCCGGAGUGGAUCAUCCGCAAGUUCCGGCUGGGAUACGCCGACGAGAGUCUGGACGUCCUCCACCUCAACUACACCUCGUGGCCGGACCACGGCGUUCCCACCGUCAACGCCAUCGAGAGCAUCCUGCAGUUCGUCCACAUCGUGAGGCAGCAGGCCAACCGCAGCAAGGAGCCGGUGGUGGUGCACUGCAGUGCUGGCGUGGGCAGGACAGGCACCUUCAUCGCUCUGGACCGCCUCAUGCAGCACAUCAGGGAGCACGAGUUCGCCGACAUCCUGGGGAUGGUGUCCGAGAUGAGAUCCCACCGGCUGUCCAUGGUCCAGACCGAGGAGCAGUACGUCUUCAUCCAUCAGUGCGUCCUCCUCAUGUGGCAGAAGAAGAAGCAGCAGUCCAUCACGUCAGACGUCAUCUACGAGAACGCCAGCAAGACAUAGAGCCGGGACGCCUGCUGACGCUGCGCCUGUCCUUCCGUCCGUCAGGCCUCCAUCAUCGUCAUCAUCAUCAUCAUCAUCUUCUUCUUCAUCACGUCGACCUGAGAAACAGACGUCCUCCGCCUCUUUGUUCCUUUCGAUGCUCAAGGAUGACGGACGUUUUGCCUUAAAGGAGCCUCACUGACCGGCCCGCCUAAGCCCCGCCCACCUCCACCGCCCCGUCGGCCAUUUCUUCUUCUUUACUUUUACUUUUUUUUUUAAUCUCAGGAGUUGCUGACGAACCAGCAAGCACACGGGCCUCCUCCUCCUCCCGUCACACUCUUCUCUCUUGCCAUUGGUUAGCUCGCCGGCUGACCUCACUGCCAUCGAACGCCGAGCAAACAGGAAGUCAGCCGACAUUCAGAGACCUGACGAAGUCUGAUCGGCCUCAAAACGUUCCCACGAUCCAAGAACAAGAGUUACCGAAGCAUCAAAUCGACCGCGUGAAUGUUCGCUGGGUCUGCACAACUGAAAAAACAAGGAGGGCGGGGCCAAACCAGGUGGGCGGGGCCUGAACUGACUGGGUACGGUACGCCACUGGAGGCGGGGCUGCAGCUGGGCGGGCGUGGCACAUGCGUUGGUGGGAAUGGAACUUGGCGGACUGGCCAACGGGUGUGGGCGGGGCCUGACCGUGUGGGCGUGGCCUGGCAGGUGCCGGAGGCCCGUUCAGACUGCGGAUUGGUGGAGCCGACCGCGCUGCUUUUUCUUCUCACCGCGGAGGAUUUUAACCGUCCUCCUCUCACUCGCGACCCGGGACGACGUCCUGCCACCGAGCCGCCGCCAGGCUCAGACAUCGCUGCGUCUGUCGCCCCCUGCUGGUCCAACACUGGAAGUGCACACACGGAAAAAUACAAAAUGUUUUAACCUCGAUCGCUAAUUUCAGCUGCAACGCCCCAAAACCUGCUGCAGCUCCAUUUCUGAUGCUUCUGAAAGUUUCAGAUUGGUCAAAUUUACAGUUUUCAUUUAGAAAAUGUACAUUUCUUUAUCGUUCUUAUUGUCUUUAAAUGUCUCUUUGCAGAUCAUAAAAUCACAAAACACUUAGAGUAUAGAUAGAAAAUUAAUGUUGUGUUUUCAUUCGAUGGCCACAUUUUAUUUAUAUUAAUACUAAUAAACAUUUUAUAGUGUCUCAGAUUUUUUUUUUUUUUAAUCCGAAACUUUACAACGUCACAAAAUGUAUGAUUUUGUUUUGGGGUUUUUUUCACAAACUUUUUUGUGAAACUUUAAAUUUUGUUGGCUCAGACAUUUUAAAGUAAACUAAAUCACAGUGUGAAUCAAAGUUUGGCACGUCAUAUUUUAUGAAACACUUUAAUCCCAAGUUAUGCAUUUAACACUUUUUGUUGUUUACAUGUGCAACAAUUAAAAUUUUUGAGAUGUAUUUUGAAAAAUCAGAAAGUUUCAUCAACAGCAACAAACUGAUAAAGAUUCAUUUCUACUGUUUUGUCAGAUGUCACUUCUUCAACAUGAAACUCAUCAAUUUGCUGCUUAAACAUCAAAAUGCUGCUAAAACUUCAGUUUUUCAUUGAGAAAUUCUCAGAUUUUGGAAAAGCUGCAGAAGUUUUUGGGGCUUUGUGAUAAAUAUAACCGUUCGGGCGGCGUCUUCCGCCCCCCGGCGGCCGUUUGAGUCCCGUCGGACCGGGACGGACUCCCUGGUUCACGGUUCGAUUCCUCAGCUUCCUGCUGAAUGUUGGAAAAACCAAGACUCUCUGUUGUCCUUCGUUGCAGAUUUUAAAAGAUAAAAGCGCGUUCGAGGUGCAGAUUGAAGGAAAAUGUUUUUAUUUUGGUGAAUUGUUCGAAAAGACGCUUGUUUUAAAUUGUAGCUGCACAGUUUGUUCUGUGAACUUUGUGCCGACACCCGAGUAGAACCCUUCACUGGAUGAAUGUGUGUAAAAAGCUGUGAUGUGAUUGGCGGAGGCGGCUCCUCCCGGUCCCACGGUUCGAUAUCCGACGUACUGUACAUACUUCUACUGCUUAACCGUUGCGUUUCUACUCGUCAUGACCAGUGAUUCUCGUGCAGAUGUUGCUUUAGAGGUUUUUGUUUUUUUGAG